AUGUCUUGUUUGAGUUCAGAAGAAACGUAUGUUAGCCCAGUUGUAAAAUGGCUUGUGUUCUUCUUCAACUUCAUUUUCUGGGUAGCAGGAGGCAUAAUGCUCAGUUUAGGUAUCUGGGCUUUUGUAGAAAAAAAUAAAUUUUACCAUGUGGAAGUACGAACAAUUUAUGAUGUAAUAUUUGAUAUCUCCAUUGGUUUUAUGGUGUUAGGUAUCGUUAUCUUUAUAUUGGGCUCUUCUGGAUGUAUUGGUGCAUUACGUGAAAACACAUGUCUUCUGAAAUUUUUUUAUGUAAUAAUGAUUUUAAUAUUUAUUGGUGAAGUUACACUAGGUGUUCUGGCUUUUGUAUUUCGUGAUAAGGCAAAAAGCUUUGUAACCGAAGUCUUUCAAGAAAAUUUCAUUCCAAGAUAUGAGGAUGAUCCUGAUGCUAAAAGUUUUAUAGAUUGGAUUCAAGAAAAUAUCUAUUGUUGUGGUGUAACAUCAGAUGGAUAUAGAGAUUGGAAUGAUAAUAUGUAUUUUAACUGUACAGAAGGCAAUCCAAGUAGAUUGAAAUGUGCCACACCUUAUUCUUGUUGUCGUAAACAAGACACAAUCAGGGAAGGUGUUCCAAAUAUAUUUUGUGGGGCUGAUACUUUACAGCCAGAUAUCCGAAACAGUCGUAUUUAUACAACUGGGUGUAUUGAUGCUAUAUUAAAUAUGGCAGAACAGAAUUUACCUAUAGUUGGAGGAGUUGUUAUUGCUUUUACUGUACCUCAGUUAAUUGGUAUUUGUUUAACAAGAAUGCUGGAAGGACAAAUAUUAGAUCAAAUAUCACGCUGGCAGAGAAGGUAUAGACAAACUUAA